AUGGCGCCAAAUAAGUCUCUUAUUUUCAAAAAGGUUCCUACUGGUUUUCCGGUUCCAGGAGAGCAUCUCGCCGUUGAAGAGCGGUCUAUUGACCUCGAUGCGGCCCCUCCAAAAGGCGGCCUGAUUGUUGAGAUACUCUAUGCUUCUUUCGACCCCUAUCUUCGCGGUAGGAUGCGUGAUGCUGGUGUCAAGUCUUACUCGCCGCCUUUCGAUCUUAACGGUCCAUUCUCAAAUAGCACUGUUGCCCGAGUUCUAAAGUCGGACACGUCGGAUUUUAGCCAAGGAGAUAUUGUGUCCGCAUUUCUUCCUAUUGCCGAGUACGCCACAGUUCCUGAUGUUUCUGCUGCCAAGGUGCGCAAGAUCGACAACCCACAUAAUCUCGAUCUUGGCAUGUUUCUAGGCCCCUUAGGCAUGCCUGGCUUAACAGCCUAUUCGAGUCUUCAUAAGAUUGGAAAACCAAAGAAGGGAGAAACAGUUUUUGUUAAUUCGGCUGCUGGCGCUGUUGGGCAGGUCGUGGGUCUAGUCGCGAAGAAUGAAGGACUUAAAGUCAUUGGCUCGGUUGGCUCUGAUGAGAAGCUAGAUUAUAUCAUAAAUGAGCUCGGAUUCGACGGUGGUUUCAACUAUAAAAAAGAGAGUGCAUUCGAUGCGCUUAAGCGCCUUGCACCCAACGGAAUUGAUAUCUACUUUGAGAACGUUGGUGGAGACCAGCUCGAUGCGGCUUUGGAGAAUAUGAAUACCCUCGGACGAAUUCCAGUUUGCGGAAUGAUUUCGGGAUACAACUUGCCACCUGACCAAAGAUAUGGUGUCAAGAAUCUCUUUCAGCUUAUUGCAAAGCUCAUAACGAUGCAAGGUUUCCUUGUCGGACAACCUGAAUUCGGGCCUGCAUACUUCGAAGAGCACCAGAGACAAGUUCAAAAAUGGAUCGUAGAAGGAUCUUUCAAGGCUAAGCUUCACGUCACUGAGGGCAUCGACAAGGCGGCUGAAGGGUUCGUGGGAAUGCUUAAAGGCGAUAAUUUUGGUAAGGCCGUCCUGAAAAUUAAGGAUUAG